AUGGGUUCCAAGAAAUACACAGGUCAAAUGAUCGAAGAGAUAAGCUCAUCAACUGUCCCAAAUGAGCUGAUCAAGGUUGACCCCCUCCAGUUGCGCUUCCCGGUUGCGCAAAUCGUGUCAAGCACACUGAAGAUAUGCAACGUUACUGAUUACCAUGUGGCUUUCAGUAUAUAUUCAAAUAACAAUAAUACAGUGAAGUGCACCAUAUUGCCGAGCAAAGGGGUUCUGUCAUCACAGUCGACGUUAGAUCUUCUCGUAACCUUUUCUUUUCCAAAAGAACACAAAAGCUUGAAGCCCGAAGUGGUCACUGUGAAGAGCACCGUCGUAGAGGAGAGUUUGACGACCAAAGAUGUCAAGCAUGAUUUGUUCAAAACAAACACGGGCAGAAAUGUACAUCAGAUGGAGCUGGGCGUAUUGUUUGUAGCCUCCAAGACCAUAUCCAAAGUAAGGUCAGUAUCGACAAUAGAUGUGCAUCCAACAGAUCCAUGGAUGGUCAUUACUCAAGGAGACAAAAUUUUCCGAAUGAACUACCAUGCAAAGGAAGUGGAAUUGCUUGAGUUGAAAUGGGGAGAAGUUAGUUUGGCUAAAUUUAUAGCCCGCGAGCAAUGGAUUUUGGCUGGUUUUACUAGUGGACUCCUCUGCGUGUACAGUUGGGAUUUACAAGACAGAAUUCAUGUUCUGCGUGAACACUCAACAUCUAUUAAGUCUUUGGCUAUCCAUGGAACCAAGCCAUAUGUGCUGUCUGCAUCCCGUGAUGGUAAAAUUUUGCUCUGGGACUAUGGAAAUGGCUGGCAUUUGAUAAAAACAUUUUAUGCCAAUAGUCAGCUUCAUAAAGGCGAUCCUGUGGAGCAAGUUGUGUUUAAUCCGAUAGACACCGAUAUGUUUGCUAUUGCCCAGGGCAAAACAGUAAAGUUUUGGAAUUUGCAUUCAGGUGAAUGUAAGCACAUAUUGUCUGCCCAUUCAGAUUCAGUGGUGUGUUUGGAUUACUUCAGUCUGGGUCACAAGCUAUACUUGAUCACCGGUUCACAAGACAGACAUUCACUGAAAGGGCACAUGGAUGUUGUGAACAUUGCGUUUUGCCAUCCGGAUCUUCCAGUACUCAUUACAGGUUCAUGGGACGGGUCAGUUCGUCUGUGGGACUCCACGGCUUGUGCGUGUGCUGAAGUUUAA